UUCCUCCAUGAAUGAAAACCAGUCUUCGGUACAGGAGGAAACAACAAAAUUGUGUGAUACCUCCGUGCGGUGUUCUUCUCUGUUUCGCUUCUUGUUUCUCUGAUAUGCAUUGUGUUGGGUGCAUUCGCUCUCUUUCUCUCUCGCUCUCGACUCUUUUGUUCGCGGUAUCCUUCCCGGUGUGAACUCUUCUUCGUAACAUUGUUAUUUAUUUUACGGUGUUUUGUUAUUCCCGUCGUGUCGGGAUCGGGUGUGAGAAGGAGUUUUUUAUUCGUUUCAAUGUGUGGCAACUUUAUCUCUUUCCGAUAAAUGGUUGGUUCACACGAUGUUUUUUUUGGUUAUAAUGUCGUUUGAUCUCUCCUGGCGAUUCGGUACGUGCGAAAGACCGGCGAAGAGAAACGCGUGACAAUCGGUGUUGCUUCGUGAACGAACGAGACGAAUUAUAAUAAAAUGCAAACCAGUAUGCCUGUGUUGAUGCACACGCAUAUCACUGAAAGGAUUUAUUUUUAAAAGCAGCAUGAUUAAUUAAACAUAAUAUGAAAGACGAAGAAGAAGUGCAGGAAUCGAAACUUCCGUGAAAAAUAGUGGAAAAAUGAUAUUCCAUCGAAAUAUUCCUUCCUGGACGAAUGUUAAUUGGUGAAAUGGGUGUGAUAAUGGUGCAACACGAAGCCACAGUUUGGGCAAUCCUAUGAUGGAUGAAAAUAAAUAGGAUGACGCUGCUGCCACAUGAUUGGUUACGAAACACACGAUUGCUCAUUUAUUAGAAGAUAAAAUAACCUCCCUGCCGCAAUCAAGUUGAGGUCACACCGCGACUGAUCACCAUCCAAUUUAUACGACUCGUCAUCACCCGGACCCGGUCAGUGGAGGCGGGGCGUGUUCUCAUUAAUCCCUCACAUCCAGCCGAUCGCGCGCUGAACAAAACGGCAGCAUUCCAAGGGCGGUGGAAACGGAGGCGACCGUGAAAAAGACGAACGAGGUGCAGAGAGAUUAAUCUUCGCUUCGUCGAGGUGAAGGCAUUAAAUUAAUUAACGGGGGACCUCCUUGAUCGCGUGCGCGCUUCUUCUUUGGGGUGUGUCCCACCGCUGCCCUGAUGAGGUCGAUCGACACCUAGAGAUACCCCAAACCCAUUGAACCCGUUGUCGUAAAAGCGCAAACGGAGAGGCUUCGACAUGAAGCGGAGACCCCCUAAACAACAACAGCCCGACAAGUCACGACCGGUCGUCCGUGAGAUGCUCGCACUGAUGCUGCGCGAUCGUGCCAUGAGUAGCUGAAUGCGGAGCGCGCGCCGAACGACUACGAAGAGAAUAGAGUGCUUUUCUCUUCAAUAUCUGUGAUUAAGGCCACAACAAACACACUACACAUUCCGACACCUCGCGAUUUAUCUGGCUAAGGCAAGAGACUAGAGAGUGGAGAGAAGGGAGCAAACAAUUAUAUUUAAGGAUAAGCAUUUAAAUUAAGCGAACACGAACGUAAGGGAUUGAUUAAUAAAUCGAAAAAAAUGUCUCAAAGUAACAACUAUGUUUGCAAAUACGCCGGUGAAUUCUGCAAGUUGGUCGUCGAGGGCGAUCUUGCCAAGAUCAAGUCCAAAUUUAAGGACUUUGUCUUGGACUAUCAGACGCCGGAGGAUCUCAAUACUCCUUUACACCUUUCGAUCAUCGCUCAACAGAACCGCAACGAUAUCAUCCAAUUUUUAAUCGAAUCAGGUGCGGAUUGUGACUUGCGGAAUUCUAUGAACCUAACCGCGUCUGAGUUGGCGAUCAAUCUCAACUUUCUGGAUGUGACCAAAUUUAUGUUGGCCAUCGAGUUCCGCAAUCUUUCUGAUUAUCGAUGUUUCUAUCGACUAAUCCGGCGGGGCUCAGUACCGCUGCUGCAGUUAUAUCUGGAGCUGAAGAGUUUCGACGUGCAUCAACAGAUCCACUAUGUAUCGAGCGUGUGGCACGAACUAUAUGUGAAGAAUGUUCAGAUAUCGAAGAAUAUGGAGAACUUCCUCGAAUAUCAAUUGCUCAACUACAGCUAUGCAUAUCAUCAUCCACCGAAUCAGAAACCGGAUCGACUGAAGUUUGACAAAGAGCACGAAAACCGCAUCGAUCUGAUCGUGGAGUACACAAAGUACCUCGUCGAUCACUACACCACCGACAAUCUCAACGACUUCGACGACAAGUUCCUACUAGCAAUCAAAAUUAUCUACGACAAUCUAUUCUUCAUCAAAGACAAACACGAGUUCGCUCAUCUACCGAUGCUUGAAAUCGAACGAUGUCUUGCAAUCUUCCUAGCCAUCUUCAAGAAGACACCGGACUACGAGAUCUACAAACUGAUCAUCAACAAAAGGCAGCUUUUGGACUUCCUGUCAGCUAUCUGUGAUGAACUGGACAAGAUCAAGAAAGAUCUGCUGGACAAGGAGAACCGCAGUCAGCAAAAAUGGACCAACGAUCUUUAUCUUCAUCUGAUCAAUUGCAUUCGGGACGCCGCACCUGCCAAGUCUACCAAAGCAAUCAACUCGCUCUGGAAAAAGAAAUGUCCACUGAAGAAAAAGCUGAUCUACUACGUCAAGUCACGACUGAAAACUAACUCCGACCUUAACUCAAUCCAAGCCCGGCUGGUCAACAAUCUCUCCAAAAGCGAGCUCGAAGUCAUUCGAGUGGAAAUGAAAACCAGGGAGUUUCUCAAUCUCACCCGGACCAUUUCGCGCAAAAACUACAUAGUGUUCAGGCGACUCCGCAAAACGUCCGACCACCUGACCCAGCUAUACGCUAUCAAGAAGAUCCUCCGUUAUCUGGAUGGAAUCGCGCGAGUGCAACUUCCGCAAUAUCAAGUGUCAGGAAUCCUUGCGAUCAAACGAACCCUUCAAAUUUUGUCGCAAGUCACCAAAAGUACAAAAUACAGUCCCCGUAUUCAGCGCAAGCUGGAAUACGUAGUCAACAAAAUCCUGCCCCUCAAUCUGGACAUCGAUUUGAAGGAUUUCUACAGCCCCAACGUUACCCUCUAUAAGAUGUGUUCGGACAAGCUGGAAAAUCGGUUGAUGCCGUUCGCUGAAGUACAAUGCAGUUUGAAAUCCGUACGGCGAUAUUUUUCGUACAUCUUUGACCUGAAAAUCCUGGAAGCGUACAAAUGUUACCUGGGAAACGUUUACCAAUUGAAGGAUCGGGUUCAGGUCAAGUCGUACAAUCAGUACGUGGGUGAAGCCAAUCGACUGUACUUCGAAAAUCACACUCUGGACGAUCUUUUCUUCGAGUUAGAGGACUGCAUACGGGUUGUGGAAGAUCUACAGGACACGUUCAAUCAGCAGCAUGAUGAUAAAAUUAGCGAUCUGCUGAGGUGUGUUCACAGAUCCCUCGCACAUCGCUACGAAUCGCUGCUUAAGGACAGCAAAGAACUUCUCGCCACAAUCAGUUUGAAUUUCAAUACGAGUUUACUGCUGGGAUCGUCCAAUCAGGACAUGGCUAAAGUCAAGCGGAUUGUCCGGUCAUUUCUUGAUGAAAAAUACCCCAAAUACGACAUCAGCUCCGACUGUCAGCUGGUGAGUGUUCAUUACGUGCUGCAGGAGAUGCUACAUCUCUUCACCAACUAUGUCUACCAGUACCAGAUGGACGAACGGGUGGUGAAAAAUUUCAUCACCAUGAUCUGCUCUCUCAAUGUGGAACGUUACUUUGCGAUCGAUCACUUUUUACCUCCCAGAGGGAAGGAGUACGAAAGUCUCAUCCACCAGAACUAUACCAACGAAAUGUUGAAAAAGUUCAACCUACAGAAUCUCAGCUCGAUAGAGUUUGCCGUACUACACGAACAGCUGGCCAUCAACUACUACGACAAUUGUUUCAACCUGGACAAAAAGUACGCGGUAUUGACCAUGUUCAUGAAAACGACCAACCGACAAAUCAAUGACGCCAUCAUUAAGCGCAACAAACGAAUGGAUCGAGAGGAGUUUCAGUCUUAUCUGGAGAAUAAACUGAAGCAAAUCGGCCAGUUUCUGCCAUGCAGUGAUUUCAAUGAAGUCACGCAGUUCAUAAACGAGGCCGCCCCCCACGUAGAGUUCGCACUGGAGUUCUGCCUGCUAGAGAUAUGUGAGAUCUUAACCGAUCUGAAUGUAUUCCAAGACAAUUCCUACGUACUAAAGCUUCAAUCAUCGAUCAUAAGUGGGCGGAAUUUGAGGGAAUAUCUGCUGCAAGACCCGCUGGUGUUCGAUAUGCUCACGUUAACGCACAGCACCAAGGUGAAAGUCUUCCUGAACGGUUUGAUCUUCAAGAGCAAUGACUUCAAGUUGUACCAACUGCCAAACAAUCUGAAGGUUAACGUAAGCGAUCUGGCAACGAUCAACGAGAACCUUAUCAACAGCUACAAGAUGAAAUGGAGUUGGGUUGAACAGCAGGAACGGUUGUUCAAGUCGGUGGAAAACAUUGACCUAAAGCUGCUACAAGCGCUGACGCCGGACUACGCGGACAUUCGAGGCAUGAGGCUGGGUUCCCUACAGGAAGGAGCACCCCUUGCUGAAUACGAGAUUGUGGACUAUACUAUCAAGAACAACCUGAAGGCCAUGAUCGACUUCCUGGCGGAGGACGUACAAGCCAUUUCAUUUGAAAAGCAGCAGUUCUUCCAGUAUUUGUUGGUUAGAAGCUUCGGGUCGAUGUUUGUGGACGCUCACGUGAAUCUGACCGGACAGUACGAACGGCAAGCGACAAUACUGUACAUGGCACUGUAUUUCAGAGCGUACGAAGUGUUUUUGGAGAAUGUGAAGAAGUUUGAAAUGAGUAUCAACUUGGCUAAGAUCGCCAAGUAUAUAAAUCAUGAGUUCAUAGAUAAGAUCUCGAAGCAGAUGAAAGACAUCGGUUGGAGCUGUCAGGACGAGAAUGGGGUAACGAUUUUGGACCAAUGCAUCCAGAAGGGGGACGUACAGGCGGUGAAGAAGUUGAUCAAGCUGAACGUGGAUGUGAAUCAGUGCAAUGGGGAUAGCAUGACGGCGUUGCAUAGAGCGUGUAGUUUGGGCAUGAGUGACGUUGUGAGGUUGUUGAUCAAGCAGAAUGCCCAAAUUGGGGCCGUGAAUGAGGCGGAUUAUUUGCCCUUGAGUUAUGCGGUUCAGUACGGGGAAAAUGAUCUUAUUCCGAUGCUGAUAAGUGAAGAAUUGGAUCUCGGAACGGAGCGGAUAGGGUUGAUACGAAGAGCGAUAAAGUAUGGGAAUUUAGACGCAUUGAAGUUCCUGCUGGAUAUUCGACAAAUUGGAUUGAAUUGCAGGUUAGAUCAGGAAGGAAACACGUUGAUUCAUUUUUGUGCGAUCUACGAUCAAGUGGAAAUAUUGAAAUACUUGAUCGCGAAUCAUUCGAAAUACGUUCAAGAGACUUUGAAUAGGCAGAAUUGUUGUUUGAAGACAGCGUUACACGUUGGUGUGAACGAUAAACGAUAUGGAGUAGUGGAACUAUUGUUGCAACUGAAGGCUGCAGUGACCGUGACGGAUCAGAGUGGAUUGAACGUGGUAGAAUGGAUCAUAGAGGAAAACAGUCUGAAGAUGCUGAAGUUGUUCGUAAAGUACAAUUUUGGGCAACAACGAAGCUCCAUCACUCAGCUUCCGUUGACGAUCGCCAUUGAAAAUCGGAAUAUCAGGAUGUUGAAGUUUUUGAACAAGAUCGGGUUCAGUUUGGGUACGGAGCCCUUGUGUCUGAUCAAAGCAGUAUAUGCGCAGUCGGUUGAACUAGUGAAGUAUUUGGUGGAAAGUAAUAAGCCUUGUUUAAACUUUAGAGAUCCGUAUGACAGUACUGCGUUGCACGUCGCCAUUGCAAUUGGGUGUAAUGAGAUCGCUGCAUAUCUGAUAGAAAGUGGCGCGGAGAUCAACGGCGUAACAAAGUUUGGCGAUACGCCGCUACAUGUGGCAGCUAAACAUAGCAACAUCAUCGCCGCACGAAUGUUGAUUUUGAAGUAUGCCACGAUCGACGAGCGGAAUUCUUCCGGGAUGACACCACUGGUGCAAGCGAUGUAUUCGCGUAAUUUGGACAUUAUGAAACUGUUGAUAGGAGCUGGAGCAAACAUUGAACUGUUAAAAAUUCAUCUGGCUGAAAUCGAGCAGAUGUCAAAAAUACCAACGAUUCACAUGUUUGCAGACAACUAUGGACUGCUGGAGUUUAUGAUACUGCAACUGCAAUAUGAUCCGAAUGUACGGGACGGACGCAAUCAACAGAAUCUGCUACACAAAGCAUGCUACAGCAACAACUUGCAAAUCGUCCAGUUUCUGGUGGAUUGGUGUCGCGUGCAAACAGAACAGCAGGACUCCAAUGGCCGGACCCCGCUGACUAUUGCCAACGAGUGCAAAAGCUUAGACGUAGCAGAAUUCUUGCGCGGCAAGAAACGGAAAAAGUCGCAGAUAACUCCUCAGCGGUACUUUGAUCCGACAGGGAUGAUGUGAGAUCCGAUGCCAGCAGUAUUUCCUUUCCUAGUAGGUCACUAUUCAUUUCCUUAGUUCGCAAGUUCUGUUGAGGGGUUGACGACUUUCGUACCGAAAGGAGGCAGGAGAUCUAAGCCUCUAAAAGACAACUUUGCAAUGGAUAGUGUUUUAGCUGUCGAAUUGAUCACCGGUUGUUCAGCACUGUGUGCUGCUCCGGAAUUCGGAACAGCGUAACCCGUACGGAAGUCAUCAAUGGACGGCAAACGAACUUGAAAAACUAAACCGACAUGCACAUCGACCUCGGGUUGUCCCUCUGGAGCUAGAUUCACUCGGCUUUGAUUGAAAGUUCCUCCUUUUCAGUAAAGUUGUCGCAAAGAUAACGAAGAUCCGCAGACUGAAUUCAAAUUCAAACUAUUUCUUACACCGUUUUACUCAAAUAUAGUGAAAUUCUCAACCAUGCUUUGCGAUAAUUUUACCAUCUCUUAGCAUUACUGGAAUCUGAGACGAAUCCAGCUGCAGGAAGGGGGAACUCGUGAGCGGAAUCAGACCGUCGGUCGGCUUACUUCUUGCAGUAUUCAGGCAAACCUCCGUUCGUUCUAGUCAGUAUGGGAUAUGUAUGUGAGAGUGCCAUUCGUUUCCCAAGCGGUGACCGCUCCCACCAGGGCGUCAUCUUCUGUGAGCAAAAACCUACAAGUACCAGCGAACGUUUGCCGUUGUCUGUUCAUAUAAUUAGAAAAAAAAACACAUUUUCGGGAAAUACUUUAGGAACAGAGUGUACACUACUCAAUCUUGUAAAUUGUAAUCUCAAGACGAAAUUUUUCAACCAUUAUUUUGGAUUAUAUUGAAAGGAAAAACUGGUAUGAUCAGAGAAACUAGCGACAUGAGAAAAAUGUGAAUAUUAGUAAACUGAAGAUAAAAUUAUAGAUUAUUAUCAGUGUAAUAUGAAUAUAUCUCGCACAUAAAAAAUAAAUCAGUUUUCUAUAAAAACCAGAGCAUAUAAUAGUUUCAAAACGUGAUUUACUGUGUAAAAUUGUGUGAAUUGAAGCAUUAAAUAAUAAUGAUCAAUGAAUGAAAGAUCAGUUUAUAUGAACAAUAAACAUUAGGUCUGAAUUGCUUUCCGCGUAACUAGUAGCUAUAGUAGUGACAGGAAGUUUAUUUUCGCUGUAAUGUAAGAUUAAGAGCAACAAACAAGGUAGCAUUACAGUCACACGAAUAUUAAGUAAUAGAAACACGGGACAGAAAAACUUUUUAUCGUACCUUUAAGUAACGAAACCUCGCAUAUAUUUUCGUUCCGGUGAUUGGCACUGCUAUUCGGUUCCGAUUCUUACGAGUCCAAUCUUCUGCCGAGUUGAAUUCACUACAUCAAAUAAAAAUAAACCUCGCAUCACAACUCUGGCGAAGUGAAUGAUUCCAAUCCAAGUGCCGAAACGUUGAUCGCAGACACCGAGAACGAAAAACAAAAAAACUAUGAAGUAUAUAUAAUUUAAUAGGUAGACACUUGUUAUGCAUGCACCAAAUUUAAUAUAAUAUAUUAAAUUACAAUGCAUCAUAAUGUAACCAUGGCAUACAAAAACAAUAACAUCAAUCAUUAAUCAUCUUUGAAUCAAAAUUCUCCAGUAUCAGCAUCAAAAUUGACAAACAUCAAACAUAGCAUACAAUCAAUUGCCGUUAAAAAAACUCGCAUAAAUAAUUUGCUUAGAUUGUAAGAAGACUGACAGACAUCAAGUUAGCGAUUGACAAGAGACAUAAAUAAACAUUUCGGUCCGUCAAAAAUUAAUCCAAAUAAAAAAAAAUCAAGGCCAACUUAGAAGAAAAUGUACAACUAAAACUAUCUUUAUACAUAAAUAUAUGAAAGCUAAAAUCACAGUCAUGCAGGUGUCUCUGUUUAAUGUCUAACGUUUAAAACAGAAUAUAUAUAUAUACUGAAAACAAUAAUUGAUAAAGAUAAAAUUCCGCCAGGAGGCGCCACUGAGCUCGAGCUGUCUCUCAAAACGUUGUUGCAAGGUGAUGCCCCUCAACUCGUCGAAUGAAGUAGAACGACACUGCCUUAUUAUGGGCGAGUGAGGCGAUCAUCUUAGGCAAAUCAUAUACUUUUACUUCACUAAUUCUUUUUCUUAAAUUAGAACAUACAACAAUGGGAACAUCUGAGCUACGGUGGCGACACCUCCAGGCAAGCCAAAAAAAUCAGAAAACGCACAACUACAUUCCAAAAGACGAACAAAACCUUCGGUUUGAUAACACAUUCCCUGUCUAUUUUUUAAGGAAUAGCAAAAAAGUAUACGUUUUCCAGUUCAAAAAUGCACACAAGAUAAUUACGAAUCGGAUUUAUUUGAUUGCAAUAAAAACUCAAAACCAGUGCGCGGUCGUUGCGACGCAACGUGCAUCGGCCUCUUUUUAUACUCUUCUUAUCUUACUCUUUUGUUGAUGAAUAAAAUUGAUCGAAAUUUGGAAAAAAAA